CUCCUCCCUCUGCUCGCGCCUCUGUGGUCCCUCGGUGCCGGAGUCAGCAUCACAGCCCGGACCCGCUCACCGACACAGGAACAUGUUGCUUCACAAACUGUGUGUGUGGAUCCUGUCCAUCCUCGGUGGCUCCCCCCUGGGUUCUGGAUUUGUGUACGACCGGCCCAAACGCUCAGGAGAGGACGGGACGUCAGCCAGGACUGAGUCUCGCUCAGCUCCUCAGUACGUGGCGUCCUCCGGCUCCUGCAGGAACAGGUGCUUCGAGCUGCUGGAGCUGGACCCCCCCAGCUGCCGCUGUGACAACCUGUGUAAGACCUACAACAGCUGCUGCUGGGACUUCGACCAGCUGUGCCUCCGGACAGAGGGGGGUUAUGAGUGCAGUAAGGAUCGAUGUGGGGAGACUCGGAAUGAGCAUCACGCCUGCCACUGCUCUGAGGACUGCCUGGCCCGAGGAGACUGUUGUACCAACUACAGGACGCUGUGCAAAGGAGACUCCUCGUGGCUGCAGGAUGACUGUGAGGAGAUCAAGACACCUGAAUGUCCUGCUGGGUUUGUGCGGCCGCCGCUCAUCAUGCUGUCUGUGGACGGAUUUAGAGCUUCUUUUGUGAAGAGAGGAAACACUGUCAUACCCAACAUCGAGAAACUGAGAACAUGUGGAACCCAUGCUCCAUACAUGAGGCCUGUUUACCCGUCGAAGACCUUCCCCAACCUCUACUCUCUGGCUACCGGUCUCUACCCAGAGUCUCAUGGUAUCAUUGGUAACUCCAUGCAUGACCCUGUGUUUGAUGCCACCUUCACCCUGAGGAGCCGAGAGAAACUCAACCAUCGCUGGUGGGGAGGACAGCCAAUCUGGAUCACCGCGCUCAAACAGGGAGUGAAGGCUGCCACCUUCUUCUGGCCUGUGUCCAUCCCGUUGGAGAGGCGGAUUCUGACCAUGCUGCAGUGGCUCCACCUCCCUGAAGGCGAGAGCCCCUACGUGUACGCCAUGCACUCUGAACAGCCGGACACAUACGGACACAAAGUGGGGCCCAUGAGCGCCGAGCUGAACAGCCCUCUGAGACUGAUUGACAGGAUUGUUGGCCAACUGAUGGACGGACUGAAACAGAUGAAAUUGCACCGCUGUGUCAACAUCAUCCUGGUGGGGGACCAUGGUAUGGAAGAGGCCCACUGUGAUCGCACUGAGUUCCUCAGUAACUACCUGAGCAACGCUGAUGACAUCACCCUGAUCCCUGGGUCUCUGGGCAGAAUACGCUCCAGAUUCCCCAACAACCCUAAAUAUGAUGCCAAGGCUGUUGUUGCAAAUCUAACAUGUAAGAGAGCAGACCAGCACUUUAAGGCGUACUUGAAGCAGCACCUGCCCAAGAGACUGCACUACGCCAACAACAGACGCAUAGAGGACAUCCACCUGCUGGUGGAGAGGAAGUGGCACGUUGCCAGGAAGGUCCCUGAGGGGAAGAGGCACUGCGGCUUCGCUGGUGACCAUGGAUACGACAAUAAGAUCAACAGCAUGCAGACUAUUUUCUUGGGGUAUGGACCUACAUUUAAAUUCAAAACUAAAGUCCCAGCCUUCGAAAACAUUGAGCUUUAUAACGUCAUGUGUGAUCUUCUGGGUCUGAAACCAGCUCCUAACAAUGGAACCCAUGGCAGUAUGAACCACUGCUGAGGAGCCCCCCCCCACAGAGCCACCAUGCCCGAGGAGGUGUCCAGACCAUUGUCCUCGGCCCUGGCGCCGGCAGGGACAGACGACCUGGGCUGCAGCUGCGACGACAAGAACAAAGUGGAGGAGCUAAACCACAGGAUGAGGCAAGCUAUGGAUGACAGCAGGAACCUGCCGUACGGCCGCCCUGCUGUCCUCUUCAGAACCAAAUACUCCAUCCUGCACCACAGCGACUACAUCAGCGGCUACAGCGAGGCCCUGUCCAUGCCUCUGUGGACGUCAUACAGCGUCAGCAGACAGGUAGAAGUGUCCCCUCUGCCUGAAGCUCUGUUUAACUGUGUGCGCGCUGACAGCAGAGUCCCGCCCACCUACAGUCAGUCGUGCACCAACUACAGAGCAGACAGACAGAUCACCUACGGCUUCCUGUACCCCCCCCAAUUGUCUUCAAGCAUAGAGAAGAAAUAUGAUGCUGUCCUCAUCACCAACACUGUGCCCAUGUAUCCUGCAUUCAAGA